UUGCAGGGCAAUCACUUUGAUCAGUAUGAAGAGGGGCACCUGGAGAUAGAGCAGGCAUCUCUAGACAAGCCCAUCGAAUCGCAGUUGGCCCAUAUUAGCUAAGCAGCCAUGAUCUGCCCAGUUUUUAAAGCCAGGAUAAUAUUGGACAUCGCUUACUCCAGAAACAUGGGUGGAAGCUGGGCCAGGGAUUGGGAAAGUCACUGCAGGCGUUAUGAUCCUGGACUUGUUGUGGUGAUGGUAAACUUAGCAGUGGGAGGACGGAUCCCAUCCCUAUCGUCGUCAAGUACGAUGUCAUGGGCAUGGGCCGGAUGGAGAUGGAGCUCGACUAUGCCGAGGAUGCCACAGAGCGGAGGCGAGUGCUGGAGGUGGAGAAGGAAGACACCGAGGAGCUGAGGCAGAAGUACAAGGAUUAUGUUGAUAAAGAAAAGGCCAUUGCCAAGGCUUUGGAAGACCUGAGAGCAAACUUCUACUGUGAGCUCUGUGACAAGCAGUAUCAGAAGCACCAAGAGUUUGACAACCACAUCAACUCUUAUGACCAUGCUCACAAGCAGAGGUUGAAAGAUCUCAAGCAAAGGGAAUUUGCUCGCAAUGUCUCGUCGAGAUCCCGGAAAGAUGAGAGGAAGCAGGAGAAAGCCCUGCGGCGCCUGCACGAGCUGGCUGAGCAGAGGAGGCAGCCUGAGUGUGCUCCUGGAAGUGGGCCCAUGUUCAGGACCACCACGGUGGCUGUGGACGAGGAAGGUGGAGACGACGAUGAUUCCGCAGCCAACAGCGGCUCCUUUGUCCAAUUGAGCUCAGGCCAGGCCACAGAGAUGACCACGGACAGAGGAUUCCUGAACACAGGACAAGGCACUGUGAUGCCAGGCCAGACACCCACCCAGGGGGCACAGGCCAUCAGCUUUGGCAUUAAGAGCUCUGUGGGAGCUCCUCUGCAGAAGAUUGGGGUGUCCUUUUCCUUCGCCAAGAAGACCCCGGUGAAGCUGGAGACCAUCGCUUCUGUUUUCAAGGACCAUGUGGAUGAGUCCAAUUCUGCAGACGGGGCAAAAGGUGAUGAGAGGGGGUCCUCAGAGGCUGGCAGCCUGCAGAAGUCUGGGGAGGGUGAAGGCACCAAUAAUUCUGAUGGCAAGGCAGAGGAUGAUGACCAGCACGACAAGGAGAGUGGGGCUCUGGCCAGCACCUUAUCCAAACUGAAAAAGAUGAGACGAGAAGAUGGACCAACAGCUGUGGAACCAGAAUAUUACCACUAUGUUCCCCCAGCCCACUGUAAAGUAAAGCCCAACUUUCAGUUCCUGCUUUUCAUGAAGGCUACUGAGCAAACAGAAGCAGAAAAUGCGAAUAAAAAAAACGCGCACGAAGCAAAAAAGGGGAGUUCCCCCAAACCCAAACCCAGCAAGCACACGGAAAAGGCUGCUGAGAGCACGGGGCAGCAGAAGGAGCAGAGUACUACUGAAAGUGCAGCUCAGCAGGGCAAAACAGAACGAAAAGAUAUCCCAGAGAAUGAAAAUACACAGGAGAGCAAGCACCUUCCAGAGGGCAAUCCCCCCGAGCCAGACACUGCUAAAGAAGCUCCUCCUCCUGCCUUGGGCUGCAGAGAUGGCUCUGAGGGACCAAAGCACCCCACGGGACCUUUUUUCCCUGUUCUGAGUAAGGACGAGAGCACAACGCUGCAGUGGCCUUCAGAGUUACUCAUCUUCACCAAAGCUGAGCCCUCUGUGUCCUACAGCUGCAACCCCCUGUACUUCGACUUCAAGCUCUCCCGUAACAAGGAUGCAAAAGGGAAAGGGGCAGAGAAAUCCAAGGAUCCAGGGGGGCUUUGUAAAGACAACACUCAGAGCACGGAACCUGGUGAGGUGAGCAAAGCCAAGGAGGCUGAAAGUGUAGGGAACAGUUCUACUCAAAAAAUGGAAAACAAAUCCCAGAGCAAGCAGGAGUCCGGUGUGGGAAGCGUCAGUAAGGGAGAGGGAGAGGACAGCAGUAAGGGUAUAAUGGGUAAGAGUAAAUCUGGAAGGUCCCAUAAACACAAAAAGAAAAAGAAGCACAAAAAGUCCAGCAGACACAAACGCAAACACAAGGAGGAAGCUGAGGAGAAGGCCCGGAAAACUGAGCUGGGGGAAGAGAAACCCAAGAAACGGAAAAGACACAGGCACAAAAAAGGUAAAUCCUCCCUUUUGACCGAGUCAGACCGGGCACCGAAACCUGAACCGUCUGAAGACUGCAGCCAUUUCCAGAAGAAAAAACGGUGCUCCCAGGAGUCCCAGAGGAAAUCUCUGUCUGCUGAGGAGGGAAGCAGCGGUAAGAAAGAGGACGGGGGUAACUCCUGCCAAGAGCACAGCAGCAAAAGACACAAGGCUGAGCUGCAGCAGGUGCCUGGUGCGAGGAGGCGCUGCCCGGCUCUGUCCCAGGCCCGGAGCGGCCGCCGGAGUCGGCAGAGCAGCGGCGACUACGACAGCGACGAGGGCUCCCCCAGCAAGCACUGCCACCAGAAGUCCCCGUCACAGUACAGCGAUGACUACGACUCGGGCAGCGAGCACUCCCGCAGCCGCUCCCGCUCGGGCCGCAGGCACUCCUCACACAGGUCCUACUCCAGCAGCUCGGACGCGUCCUCGGAGCACAGCCGCUACAGCCGCCAGAGGAGCUACUCGGACGACAGCUACAGCGACUACAGCGACCGCUCCCGCUGCCACUCCAAGCGCUCCCAGGACUCGGAGGAUGACUCGGACUACAACAGCUCAAACCACCGCUCGAAGCGGCGCAAAUACUCCUCAUCGGAAGACGACUACAGCUCGAGCAGGAGCAGGUCCAGGAGUCGGAGCAGGAGCCGAACCCAUCCUCGAGGCAGGUCGAGAUCGAGGAGCCGGGGCAGGAGCCGCAGCAGCAGCUGCAGCCGCAGUCGGAGCAAGAGGAGGAGCCGCAGCGUGACGGGCCGCAGCUGGAAGCGCAGCCGCAGCUACAGCCGGGACCGCAGCCGCAGCACCCGCAGCCACUCACAGAGGUCCCUGUCACGGAAGGGCUCGCGGGGCCACGAGAGCCCCGAGGAGCGAAGGUCUGGCAGAAGGGACUUCAUCAGGUCCAAGAUCUAUCGCUCCCAGUCUCCUCACUAUUUCCGGACAGGCCGAGGUGAGGGGUCGCUGCUGAAGAAGGAGGAUGGCAAAGGAGAGGAUCUGAAAGGAUCUGGCUCCCUGUCCCAGAACAGCAGUGGCUCUGGCACAGGGCGGGCCUCGGAAGGGGACUGCAGUCCUGAGGAGAGGAACUCGGUCACUGCAAAACUGCUCCUGGAAAAGGUGCAGUCCAGGAAGGUUGAGAAGAAGCCCUGUGUCACUGAUGAGAUGCUGUCAGGGGCAAACAAGGUGGGCAUAAAGCUCAAAGAUCCUCCCCAGGGCUACUUUGGCCCCAAACUGCCUCCUUCCUUAGGAAACAAACCGGUUCUGCCCUUAAUUGGGAAGCUGCCAACCAUUCGAAAACCAAACUCCAAAAGAUACGAGGAGUCUGGCUUGGAGAGGGGCGAGGAUCAGGAGCUGUCAGAUGCUGAGGAUGGUUCUCAAGGCAUGGAGGAGGGUCAGCUGGCCAGCCAGUCUCUCCUGGAAGACGUGGUGAUGGUAAUUCAGGACAAACCUCUGGAUGAGCAGAAACGUGAUGAAGCCUCUGUGGAGAUGCCAUCCCUUCCCCUGGACGUGCCGGCACUCCCCGAGUGCUUUGGCUCCGGAGAUCUGGUCAUGCCACACAACUUCCUCUCGGAUCCGAGCGAUGGUGAUGGGCUGGAGCCUAUGGAUGGGAGCAACCAGCCGGUCCCAGUGGAAACGAGUAUGAUGCCCUUAGUUCCAGAUGUUGAGCACUUUCCUGGCUACGUGCCUCAGAGCGGGGAACCGAGCAUGGAAGGAGAUCGGGAGGGGGCAGAAGAUUCCUCUCUAGCCCCACUGGAGAGCCAGCCCAUCACCUUCACCCCCGAGGAGAUGGAAAAGUACAGCAAGCUGCAGCAGGCGGCCCAGCAGCACAUCCAGCAGCAGCUGCUGGCCAAACAAGUCAAGGCCUUCCCCGCCUCGGCAGCCCUGGCGCCGGCAGCGCCUGCACUCCAGCCCAUCCACAUCCAGCAGCCGGCGGCGGCGUCAGCCACAUCCAUCACGACGGUGCAGCACGCCAUCCUGCAGCACCACGCUGCCGCCGCCGCCGCCGCCAUCGGCAUCCACCCCCACCCGCACCCGCAGCCCCUCGCUCAGGUCCACCACAUCCCCCAGCCACACCUGACUCCCAUUUCCUUGUCCCACCUGACCCACUCGAUUAUUCCGGGGCACCCCGCCACAUUCCUGGCCAGCCACCCCAUCCACAUCAUUCCGGCAUCCGCCAUCCACCCGGGCCCCUUCACCUUCCACCCUGUCCCUCAUGCUCUCUACCCGACCCUCCUGGCUCCGAGGCCUGCGGCUGCUGCCGCUGCCACGGCCCUGCACCUCCACCCUCUGCUGCACCCCAUUUUCUCAGGACAGGACUUGCAGCAUCCACCCAGCCACGGCACAUGAAGGACAAAAUGAAGAAACCUCGGAGGAAGGAGAAUAUUUGGCGUUUUGGGAAGGGGUUGGAGUCGAUCCAGCGGGCAGGUGAGGUCUGAGCAUUUCCUUUCACUCUUGAGCAGCCAAAGAAGCCGGAGGCUCGAGGGCUGGGCUCUUGGCUGUGUCCCAGGGAUGUCUCGCUCCAACUCCUCCGUGCACGCAGCAGCACCGCUCCGGAAGAACCAUUUCACCUUUAGAACAGCGAGACUCUUGGAAAGGCUUUUUUUCCCCCUGGAUUCUUACACUUGGUCAUCUUCCUUCUGCCACUUUGUAUAUGAUAAAUGAGGUUUCAUCCACACUAAUAGGAUCUCUAAGAGUCCUUUUAAUGAGGUCAUCUAAUUAAAAUAGCAUGAUUGAA